AUGUACUCGUAGGAAAUACAAGAACAGUUUGGUCCCACACCUCCACAUACAUUAUGGCAGAUGUAUACCGGUGCAGCGGACGGGGCGGGGCAGGCAAUUUCUACUCACAGAAAGACAUCGAUGAGGUGAUGAAAGGGAAGCCAGAGGAUCUUGAAGCCCAGAAACCUCAACACAUCCCCGACGAUGAACCGUUAGGCGACCCCGCAGACGUUCCCACACAGACGACACCGCCGUUCACAAACACGACCGCCGGAAACGGCGCGAGGGCAUACAUUCGCUCCGGCCGCGGCGGCGCAGGAAACUUUGUCGAUGUGCCUCCUUCAAUUUCCCCCGCAACAUUGAAUCCUACCAUAGCUCUAGACAUGUCGACGGUGCCGGCACCCUCUUCUCCUACCUCUUUCUUCAACACCCCCGAUCCUCAAACCUACGCACAGACUGUACAACACCCGGCACGAAGCGGGCCUUCGGGUCGAGGUGGUGCUGGGAAUUGGGUAUCCACCGACUCGGACAUGGAGUACGACCCGGAGCAAGAGCGUAAGCGGCGGGAGGCGUUAGACGCGCACAUCCUGCAAGAUAUUCGGGAGUCGCUGCCGCAGCCGCCUAAGAUUCACUACAUGCAUGGACCGGGAAGGGGGCGGAAGCCUGAUUCACCCUCUUCGUGAUUCGAAACUCAAAAGUUUCCUUGGGGUGGUAAUGGGUGGGUGGCCGGGCGGAUACCUGGUGGCCACCUGGCCUAUAUAGCUCUCCGGCACUGCUUUUCGUUGGUUAGAGAGGUUAAAGAAUCUGAGGUACUAGGACAUGUGAGGCGAUAGCUGGUUAGAUAGAGGCGCCUGUUAGGAAGCCUCACCUCAAUACCACUCGCAGCAUUGCACACCACGUCUAUGGAUACUCUAAUAGUAGGAGGACAAUAUACAAGGCAAAUUCUGUAAAUGAAUAAUUUUAAUGCACAGCACCACAAGAAAUGAGUC